CUGAUCCACUGCCUCACGUCACGCGACUGACACCGCCACAUUCAUACUCCACCCGCAGCAGCCAUGAUGCAAGAAGGGCUGGACGACGGCCCCGAUUUCCUUUCCGAAGAGGACAGGGGACCAAGAGCAGUGAAUGUGGAUCUUCAAACCGACGCUACACUACAGGUGGACAUUUCAGAUGCACUGAGUGAGAGAGACAAAGUCAAGUUCACCGUUCAUACAAAGAGUACUCUACCUAACUUCAAGCAGAAUGAAUUCUCAGUGGUCAGACAACAUGAAGAGUUUAUCUGGCUCCACGACUCAUUUGUGGAAAAUGAAGAAUAUGCAGGUUAUAUUAUUCCACCCGCUCCUCCAAGACCAGAUUUUGAUGCAUCACGAGAGAAACUUCAGAAGUUGGGUGAAGGUGAAGGAUCUAUGACUAAAGAGGAGUUCACUAAAAUGAAACAAGAACUGGAGGCUGAAUAUUUGGCCAUCUUCAAGAAGACUGUGGCAAUGCAUGAGGUCUUUCUUUGCCGUGUCGCUGCCCAUCCUGUCCUACGCAAAGACUUGAACUUUCAUGUUUUCUUAGAGUACAACCAAGACCUGAGUGUACGAGGGAAAAACAAGAAGGAAAAGCUGGAGGACUUCUUCAAGAAUGUGGUGAAGUCUGCAGAUGGAGUUCUAGUGGCUGGAGUGAAGGACGUUGAUGAUUUCUUUGAACACGAGAAAACAUUCCUUUUAGAGUACCACAACCGUGUCAAAGACGCCUCUGCCAAAUCUGAUAGAAUGAUCAGAUCUCACAAAAGUGCGGCAGAUGACAUAAACAGAAUCGCCUCCACACUGUACACUUUAGGAACCCAAGACUCUACAGAUUUGUGCAAAUUUUUCCUGAAAGUAUCAGAGCUUUUUGAGAAAACAAGGAAAAUUGAAGCACGUGUGGCCGCUGACGAGGACUUGAAACUUGCAGAUUUGUUGAAGUAUUACCUCAGAGAGUCGCAAGCUGCAAAGGAUCUCCUGUACAGACGAGGGAGGGCAUUAGUUUAUUAUGAGAACGCCAAUAAAGCUCUGGACAAAGCUCGGGCUAAAAACAAAGAUGUUCUCCAAGCAGAAACCACACAGCAAGUGUGCUGUCAGAAGUUUGAGAAAAUCUCUGAAUCCGCAAAACAAGAACUGAUAGAUUUCAAGACGAGACGAGUAGCAGCAUUCAGAAAGAACUUGGUGGAACUGGCUGAGCUGGAACUAAAACAUGCCAAGGGGAAUCUACAGCUGCUGCAGAGCUGUCUUGGAGUUCUGAAAGGGGACACUUAGGUCCUUGAACCAGGUUCUCCAUAUAGGGCUUUCCCUGCUUUGGUCUCGUCUUCAUUCAGAGGAUGGAGGAGAGAACACACCUGGGGUCAGUUUGUCUAAAGAGACGUCUGUACUCACCACUACCAGAGACACCAUGCUCCCUCCACAACCCCCCCUUAAAGUGAGGCAGUCCACUGUGUAAGAUCAUCCGAUCCACACAGCACAAGAAAUACGAUUUCAUUUAAUCACCGGUUUUUAACUUUUAAUUGUUAUUCAUGGGAUUUGUGCCAUCAUUACACUUUACGAUACAUCUUUCCGUAAUUUGUCCAGUUUGUUUCGUUUCGUUUUGCUUGUUUAGUUUUUCCUGUUGUAAUCUUUGAAGUUAGUUUUGGUGAUCAAUGUGGAUGCUGCUCUGAUAUGUUGUUCAAGUUGAGCUGAUUGUUAUUACAAUUAAAUUGCAUGGUCACACAAAACCUUGUAUAUUUUGUGUUAAUUUUCACCGUAUAGCUAUCGAUCAUCGUAAUCAGACUAAUUUUCUGCUAAGCAUUUUUUUCCCUCUGUUUUUAUUCCUAACAAAUAAUGCUUAUGUAUGUUUGCCUUAAAAUGUAGAUUAUUACAUUGUUAAAAAAAAAUCAUACAUGAAUGCAUUUCUUUCUUGACUUUUUUUUAAGUGCACUGUAUAUGAAUGUUUUGUUUUUUUCACAAUAUGUGACCAAAGCUUCUGUUUAUUCAGAUGGAGGAAUGCAGACAUAAACGCUGGUAAUAAAAAUGAUAAUAUGACCAUGAAAAUAACACAAAAUAAAUGAUGCUGUUUACUUUAAA